UACUUCUUUAUAGACCUUUGGGGUACUCUCUACUUUUCAUUUUGAAAAACAACUUUAUGAAAUCUUUUAACUGCGGGAAAUAGGAUGAUGGACACGGCCGGAUCUGUUUCAAAAGGUUGUUUUGUUUUCAAAGGAAAGAAGAAAAAUGCAAAUAUAGAUGACUAUUUGCCAACUGACAAGACCAGACGGUCACGGCUGUGUCAUACAACAUUUGUUCAAAUGUGGGAGGAGAUAGAUAUGCAAAUUCAGAUUCUGCAAGCUGAUUUCAACUGUAAUAUAUUUGAAGAGUUGCUGAACUUCACCCAAACAUGUCAUGAAAAAUUCUCACUAGAAGAUAAAUGUUUCAAUAAUGCAAUUGAUGAAAUACCUGCAGCUGCCCUUGUUACAGGUGUGAACACGCCUGAUCACAGUACGAUGUUCAACAACCUGAUUGUUAUGUUGCGUGAGAGAGUUACACCACAAGUUGCUAUCCUCAAGUCCAAAGACUGCCAGAAUGUGAAAAGUAUUCUUAGUAGGACCCUGAGUCAACUACUGGAUAAACAGUACAUGGAUGAUGAUGUGGUUGAUAAUGAAGAUGCCGAACUGAACUCAAAAUCUUUACCUUUGACCCUUGCCACGUUGUCAAAAUGGUACAGAAAUAAAGUAAUGAGAGCCAAAAAUUUGUCAUCACCAAAGAAGCGUAAAUCUACAGAUGGAACACCUGUUGCCAUGGCAACCUACCCUCCAGUUGUUGUUGUGAUGGAAGACUUUGAAAACUUUGUACCGAGAGUUAUUCAGGACUUCAUAAAAAUUGCCAGUAAUUACAUCAAUGAAGUGCCGUUAGUUUUCAUAUUUGGGAUAGCUACAUCUGUCUCGGCCAUUCAUCGUCUGUUGCCUAACGAGGUGUCAUCACUACUGUGUAUGGAGAAAUUCCAGGCUCCACCAUCAAGUGAAUAUCUCUCCCUGGCUAUAAAUAAGAUUUUGAUGACAGAAAAUUACCCGUUCAAGUUAGGUCAAGGCGUGUUCCAGCUGCUAUUAGAUAUUUUCCUGUACCAUGACUUCUCUGUGCUCAACUUUAAUCAGGCUCUAAGGUUUGCAAUGAUGGACCACUAUAUGACUCAGUCAUUGAGUUUUCUAUGCUGUCCAUUAAAUAAUGUGGAGUCUGUAGUGAAGACAAUGGAUAGUGCUGAUGUAGAACAACUUCGUCAUCUUAAAUCAUUUAUGAGGUAUGUAGAGAAAUGUAGCGUUAAAGAACAACCAGAUCUUUUAUUAAAGGACUCAUUUGCUAAGUCACAGGACAGGAUCGUGGAGUUGAUACAUGCUAUACAUGACUAUCAAACAGAUUUCUUUCCCAUUUUGAAAUGUUUACAUACUUUAGUGUGCAAAUUACCAGGUUAUCCCCUUGGCAAACAGGUUAGAGAAGUAUAUUCAGUGACUCUACAGACAAAUGUGUUUGAUACAGAAGACUAUAAACAGGCGAAAGAUUUACUCAAAAUGUUAUCUAAAGAUGAAUUGGGAAGUUUAUUACAACAGUGUUGUGGUAUCCUAGCAACAGAAAAACGCCUUACUAUUGUGCUUAAAGAGAUGGAAGAACAGCUCAACAAAAUAGACAAUAUUGAUAAUAUUGUGGAGGAGGUGGACGAGGAGAAUAAGGAACCAGCCGACACUAAUUUACCUUCCAGGACCUCAUUACAUCAACUUAGACAAUAUUUUAUUUGCAGAAAAUACUUGAUAUGUCCUCUGAAUGUACCUCUACACGAGAUAUUCUACUAUAAUUCAUCCCGUACCAUUAAACAACGUCUCAACGCCGCACCGAGAUCCGCCCUACAAAUGGCUCUCAGUAACCCACACUAUUAUCUACAGUGCGAGUGUUGUAUGACAGAAUCUGGUCAGAUCAAAUGUAUGAUGCCAGAUACAUGUAUAAUAUAUAAACUACACCUGGAGUGUGGGCAGCUCAUAAAUCUGUAUGACUGGAUGCAGGCAUACUUAACCGUUGUUCAACCAGAUGAUGAUGAUGAAUCUAAAGAAUCUGCUCAAGAACUACAGGCACGUUUCAUACAAGCAGUGUCGCAGCUACAGUUCCUUGGAUUUGUGAAACCAACAAAGAGAAAAACUGAUCACGUGGCCAGACUGACGUGGGGAGGAUGCUGAUUUUGAAAAAAAAUUGUUGAAAUAGAACAGAUAAUAAAUGCACCUAUUGAAAGGAAGAAAAAAUAUGUUGAAAUAGAACAGUUAUAAAAUGAAUUUCUUAAUCGCUGUUUAUUUAAUGCUGCAAAUAAUGUAAAGAAAUUCAUGUGAUUUGAAAAUGGUGUUGAAAUUUGAUGUUUUCUUUUUUGAUCAGGUGGCGGAAUGGAAAGUUUUUAACACCAAGGUGUUAAUGAUAUACCAGUCUAGUGCUAUUAUAGGUUAAAAACAAACUUAUCUCAUUGAUCCAGAAAUAGUGCUGUUAUUGCGUAUAUAUAGCUAUGUUGACAUAA